AUGUCCGGAGACCUGCCCCGGCCGAUCAAGGGGGAUUCGUUACAUCACCCACAUGCCUAUACCACCAGCAAUAAUAAUAUUAAUACUAAUAACACCCAGUUCUACUCACCCUAUGCGUACGCGACUCCCGCCACCCAUCCACACCUCCCGCACCCCUUCUCCCACCCCCUUUCCUCCACUUCUGGUCCUUCUGGCCUGACACCUCCGACGCGACCGGAGUUCGCUGUCCCUACGCUUCCUCUUCGCAAUCGGGGCCUUGUUCCUCACAAUAUCGGUUCAUUGGGCUCUGGCUCGAGCAGCCCCGUUUCAACCGUAACCGCACCCGCGACCGUAACAUCACACUCAAAUUCAAACUCAAAACGCGGCCGUCGCCCCUAUGCUGGUGAACGUCACGAUGCCAUCUGGUCCCCCGACGUCCAGGAUGCCUUUCUCCAAGGCAUGUCUCCUAUUCCAAAUGUUUCCCUUUCGCUCACACUUGCCCAGCCGCUCGUUCCAUCCCCAACAACGGCAAGAAUUGGAUUAUGCGAGACGGUCGUCAAGGAGAUUUUCCGCUUGACUGGCCAAUCUCGGACACGGCAACAGAUAUCCAGUCAUAUACAGGUCCUCAAAAAGGUCCAUGCUGACGAUCCCAUGAUGAUGAAGAUUUUGAACGGUCAGCUCGACGAGUUGAAUCCCGGUGCAACUACCAGGUCUGCUCCGGCCAGCUCAGCCGUAUCCCCAGCAAAUCGCUUUGGCUCAAAUUCUGCCUCGCCCCCAAAUAUCAAGACUGAAGAUCCCGGCAGUUCUGUCAGUCCUCCGCCGAUGGUAAACACAGACCCGAUCGAACACCUCAUGGAUGGCCAACCGUUCAUAUCUGUAAUUACUCGCUCGAGUGCACCUGCCUCCGUUACGAGCGAUGCAAGUCUCCCAGGAACUCCCCAGAGUCCUCCAUCAACAUCUCACUCUGACACGACAAAACGGCAGGUUCAAAUUGCCGAGCUCCUUCCUCGUACCGACAUACCUACAGUUCCCAUAAGCCGUGUUUUAUCUGAACCGCUCGCCGCCGACAGGCCUGAAGUCAUCCAUCCGAGAGCAUGGCGUGGCGAGCGGUUAGCCUAUAUCACGGCCAUCACUAUUUGGGCUGAAAAGACGCUCAAGGACGAAGGCGUCCGAUCUCGCCCGACCACAACCCACGUAUUUGCUCAGAUGCACUCGGCCACUUGCCCGCUGGAGCCGCUUCCCGCCGAUAUGGAAGAUAUCGUUCGGCAAAUACAACCGGGAACGUGCAUGCAUGCCGAAAUAGGAAUAGCCCUCCCGCCCCCUGGAGUGCACGUUGGCAAAAUCCGAGCGACGCUUGUGGUCGAGGCGAUGAAAGAAUUCGACGGAUAUUGUCUUACCGAUGCGUUUUGUGGACGCGAAGGUCGUUUUAUGUCGACGCAUACGACUGUGUUCCCGACCGGACGCGAGGCUCGCGAAAAGUACUCGUGGAUCUACGAGAUUCCUUAUGCUCCUGAAGUAUGGCGCAAGGUCCUCAAGGGAAAUCCCGAGAAGUACGUGCGGAGCUUAGCUGGUGGGAAUCGCGAUGGCGAUCUGAACGUACCACUCUUGGUGGUGCAUGACAUCAAGGUGGUCCCAACCGGCGAGACUGGCUACUCGAAGAUCAAGCACGUGGAUCUCACGGGAGAACAGGCUCAACACGAUGCGCUUGGAGUGAGCGUAGUAGGCGCCGACGAUGAUUCAGACGAGUCGAUUCGUGACGGGGCCGCGGAUGGGGAUGGGGAUGUGAGCAUGAACGAUGGGGCGGAUAGCAAGCCUGCCAAGCCAAACCUCAGCGUAGCGAUACCGUCGCCGCCCGAGGAUGCUACACAACAACUACAUACACGCGUGAAUCAAUUGGCAGGGAGAAGAGGGCAUCAAGGGUCGCAACCGGUGACGCCGUUUGAGCAACUGGUGCAUACACCUCAGUACCCACCGCCGUUUGCAGAGCGACAAGAAGCGCGACGCGAGUGGUGGGCUCCAACUCCACUCGAAGGCCCCGGGGACGUUAAAAUCUCGCUUGAAGACCAAAUGAAUGGUAUUUUGGGCCAUGCUUUGGGGGAUGGCGGGAGUCGAAUGAACUGGCUCACGCGCGACGCACUCGCCGCGGGAACACCCACGCUGAGUGAUUUUGCUGGACGGGAACAGCAGGGAUUAGAUACGCCUGUACGGAUCGAGCAUAACACUGGAUACUUUUCUAUGCCUUAUGCCGGCCCCUUGUUCACACUCUCCACUCAGCACAGCCACUGUCACCAUUCUUGCCAUUCACCAGAUUCGCCACACUGGGUCAACAUGGCCUCGUCGCCGGCCAUUCAUGAAACGACGGGGCAUAGUAGAGAUGAGACGACUAUCGUGGAUAGUGCGACGACAGCAACAACGAACUCGCCAGCAACACAUGUCAUAAACGCCCACAUAUCUUCCAUUGGCACGUCACAGCGCUUGUCGAUGCCUCCACCUGCUGCUCCUACUCUCUCUCGCCCCAUGCCGACGAUGACAAUACCCACACCGGCGGCUCGAUCGCAGUCACAGUCACAGUCCCAGCCACAGCCCCAAGCAUUAGUAUCUGUGCGCGAGUUUCCCCCGCCAGGAGUGUCUAUUGCCCCCGACGACUUGAAGGAUACAAUUUUGAUGGGAAUUUGCAGGGCAUUGGCCCAUGUGGAGAAUCGUGCACUAACCCCUCGCCAAAUUGUUGACGUUGCGCAUUCGGCCGGGAUCAUCAAGCUAGGUGGCAAUACUCCCGCAUCUACAGUAUCUACGCACAUCCGAGCACACCUUGCACGCGGCACACCUGUCCUCUUGCUCCGUCACUCAUUACAUCCGCGCCCGCGCCACCCUUCGGACACCCCGACCACCGAAGACCGUGCCAUCGGCCCCAACCCAGACGGCUCAUCCGAGCGUAAGAAGGGCACCGCAUGGUAUCUCUCCGAGGCCGCAGGGUUCCUCAGUCCGUGGGAUAGACUGAGCAUCCCUAAGCCCAAGGAGCCUGAUUCUGAUCCUUCGGCCCGCGCUUCGCCGUCUCCCGCUCCUCCAGCUCCGAUCCCGACUCCUGUCCCGUUUGAACCUCAAUCCCAGCCCCAACGCAUGAGCUCGCGUAAACGCACGAGGACCAAGAGCUGGGGAGCUGCCGCACGCGAGCUCGGCUUGGACGGCAUGACCCCGUCUCCCGAGUUUGACGACGAGAGCGAAGCCGAGGCACAUCGCGAGCGCAAGUCGAAAGUACGCAUACGCCUACGUCUUGGAUCGGUUGCUUCCCGAUCGUCACCGGCUCGACCCGACGAUGCACCCUCUUCGCCACACAAGGCAACUACGAUGACUCAGACGUGGACGAAGACCCUCAAUGCUCUAAUCCCUUCCCGAUUCGCGAUCCUUACGCAUUCAAGGCGCUCGCUGUCGAACCCGAGCUCGGGCGGCCCCUCAACACCCCAUGCCCUUGAGCAUGCUGAAGAUAGCGACGUGGAGGAUGGCGAUUUCCAUGUUCAAAUGAUGUGCAAUUCAGACUCUGCGCCCUCGAGCCCAUGUCGACCGGCCGAUCAGGUUCCCAUUGUUGGUAUUGGCUUGGGGUUAAUAUUCGAAGGAAGCGAUCGACGAGUUAGAGUCAAAGAAGAAUCAGAGUCUCCUAUAUCUCCACCAUCGCUCUCGUCCCGCGCUUCGUCCCUCGCUGCAUCGUCGCUACCUGAAGAUGACGUCUGGGCCGUCAAGAUUGAGGAAACCGAGGACGUCAAAAUGGCCAUGGCAGUGGACGUUCCCCCAUUCGACCCACCAGACCUAUGCGAGGGCGGUCUCGGCUUUGACUUUACAACGUCAUGUGAAGGGAUUGAGCUGGAAUUUGCUAUGCUCGGCGUUCGCUCUCCCACGAUCUUACCCAACGCAUUUAUCAGGGAAACAGACCAUGUUGGCGGUCCCGAGAGUGUCCAUCUGGAUGAAGUUGACCGGUUAUGGUCUGAUUGGGGCGACAAGCGCGCGCAUACACGCAGUUUGCGAACCGCUCGUAAUUCACCUUCGAAGCGGAGAGAUUUGGCGUGCGGAUGGGGUUGCCGUGCUGCGCCUGGAAUGAGGGUAUCGCUAGGUGGCCCCAGAUCCCGACCGUGUGACGAACGAACGGCUACGAGUGGAGUUGUCUUGCAACGGGAACGCGAAUUCAAGAUUGACAAGACGGUGUUGCAUGGCGUAGAAUAUGCCUCAUAUGUCAUCCGAGGCUGUAUCCUGCUUCGGCGGCUCGAGGACGCAUACGUGAGCCUAAGUGCGUUAUUGCGCGCUUGUCGCGUACCAGGCUCCUGCCACGCACAGUUUAGGACAAACAAUACUAUCGAUAUUUCCAGUCCCCCACCCGGCACGAGUGAGGUUUCAAAUGCAGCCGACGGCACUGCCCCCACAACUGCUCCAGCUCUCGUCGCCGAACCCUCGGAUGUCCUUCACAAUAAUUCGUCUUCUGAUGUUGUCAAUCCCGCUGCGAUGCCCCAGGGCGCGUCCAUCGAUUUUGGAACCGGUGUCGAGGCCGCCGAUGUUUCAGGAAUGUGGUGCCCGCUCGCAGAGGCUCGGUCGGUCGCCGAGGAGCGAUUGCGACCGUAUCUUCCAGAGGAUGUGCGAUCGAUAUUCUUGGGCGAUACGCUGGUGCUAAACGACCCAGAACCCGAAUCCGAACUCGAGCCAACACCCGAGGUUGAGGUCGAAACCAAGAUGGAUAUUGAUCCAGAAACUGUAGAAAGCAAGAGCGACGAAACUCCCGAUGUAGAAUCGAAAACCGACGCGGACGAAUGCGAUCGACGCGACAAUACCCCCGUCGCUCCGAUCACUACCCGCGAAAAGGUGCUCGCUGCCAGCGAAGAGGAUGUAUCCGUGUUUAUGCGUCCUUCUUCACCCGCAGCAGUACCCUGCGCUUCUGUGCGUCGUGUGCUACGAACACGCCCGGCGCGCGUAGUACGAACGAGGACACGCGCAUAA